AUGAACCCUGAAACUUUCACUGUUUAUGACGAUCAAUUGGAAAAAUUAAUUUUAGCUUUAGAUCCUAGAUCUAUAGCUACGAGAGAAUUUAUUGCUUCUGGAAGUAUUUCAGAUCCAAAUUUUGUUGAUGAGGCUGAUACACAAAUUAAUAAACUUUUAUCGGAAUAUAACACAUUAGCUACAACAGCUGCUAAAGAUCCAACAAACAAUCCAAUCAGUGGAACUCCAGGAGUAAUAGAUUCUGGGGUUAAGACAAACAUUCUAGAACCAAUUUUACGAAUUUAUAUGACCGAUAUUAAAUCCAAUCCGAAAGGAGCAUUUAAUCAAGACGUUACAAGACAACCUAAAGACAUUAUUGAGGCUGAUAAAUCAUUUGGGGAUAUUAAAUUGGCAAUAAAGGCAAAUGAGAAUUUGGCAGCAAAAGGAUUGAAAGCUGCUUCUAUUUCUGUUAUUUCAAGAUUAGAAAAUGCAUUUGACAAUUUUGUACUGUCAAAUUCUCCAACACAAAAUGAGAAGGAGAUGAUUGAAGCUGUCCAAAAAAUUGAGAAAGGUGGCAAUCUGGACGACGUACCUGGAAGAAAAAGAUUCUUCCCAGGAAAUACACUCCAAUCUAUCGACCAAAUUUAUAAUUCUUUAAGAAGCAAAAUUCCUCUUUAUGAUCGUGAUUAUGUACCAGAUAAAGGACAAGGGGAAUUUGGAAAUAAAAUGCCAAAAAUGAGAGAUUACCGUUUUGUUAAUGUUAUUUCGGCCUUGAACAGAGCAUUCAAUUCUCGAAUGCGUGAUCCAGAAUUUCGAACAGAAUAUCAAAAUAUUUAUAGAAACGGAGAAAUAUUUAAUGAAUUGGAAAGAAUAGAAAAACCUGGACAAAGUGCCUUACAAGUUUUUAGCUCAGGAACAGCCCCAUUAAUUGAUGGACCUUCGCCUGAAGAAUUAGAUAAAAGAUACGAAGAAAAAUGUAAAGGUGCCACUGAACUGAGAUCAAAUGCAAAACCUGGAGCUAAACUUUGGGCAAAAGAAGCAAUUAAAAGUAUGUUUAAAUUGACUAAUUUUAACCUUCCGGUAUAUAACGACAACCUUUCAGCUUUUCACGAUUCCAAUAAAACUCAUUUCGAGAGUAGAAGAGUAGAUUUCCUCGAAACUCGAAUAAUACUUUGA